UGACAAACAUAACGACCGACAGCGUUGCCUAAAUGGGCUCGGAGAUAGCCUGAUUUCAUAAACAAAUUGGAGUUCGACAUGAUUGCAGAAUUAAAAGGCCGCAAGCCGACUGGCCGAAAUGAAAAAGCGACCUCUCACGCGUUUCUAAAAAAUAUCUUUUAAAAUCAAUAAGUUCCGUCAAAUCUUUCUUCUCCUUUUUUCUCGCACAAGAUAAAAAAGGUGCAAGAGGGACAGUGCCCGUCGCUUGUCAAGGAUUCAAAAGAGUCAAAACUCGGAACAAGUCCAAUGAAGUGCUUUAUUGUAACAUGCGACACAAGUUACUGCAGAAAACCUACAGAAACUGAGAAAAGGAGGAGUAUGUUCCGGCCUCAAAAUGAAGAAAUGGUGGAAGCCUGGAACAAAGUAAUAUCCCGAAAAGGAAGAGAAUUAAAAAAAACCGACGCUGUUUGUGAAUUGCAUUUUAGAGAGGAAGAAAUUGACAGAGAACGCGUAAUUUAUAAACGCGGUGGAAUAGUCGAAAGAGUCCCCAGAAAAAUUCCGCUCUUAAAUCCUGGAGUUGUGCCGUCAAUUUUUACGGAACCUGUCGAUCGUUCGACCUACUCAAUCAACUUGGAGGAACAAGUGCUUUUAAAACAGAAAGAAAUUUACGAGGAACUUCAGAGACAAUCACAAUCAUCUCAUGAAAGUGAAAUUAUAAACCAUUGUGAACUUGAAGAAUUUGCGAUGACUGUUGAGGUUUCUAGCAGUGAAAUUGAAGAACAAGAGAUAAACUUUUAAUAGUUUUAAUCCUACUCCAAGCACUUUUGAAAAUACCAAAGAAAACGUUUCUAAUUCUUCAGAGAAAAUUGAAAGAACCAAUUUGAUUCAUAAUGCUUUUGAAAGUUUUAACGAAAAUUCUUUAUGUUUAAAAAAGAAAGCAAAGUCCUCGCAUAUAAAUGUAAUUAAUAACAAGAAAUUAAUUCCUUAAUCAAAUAUUGAUUGUCAUUUGUUGGUGGUCAUAAAUGUAUAGACUUUUUUUGAAGGAAGAUAUUUCUAUUGAAACGAGUUACAUUUUCUGAUUUGCAAGUUCAAAUCUUUUUGAAAGAGGAAGAAGUUAACUUACCUAAAAUCAAGAAUAUUAACAAAACUGAAAGAUGUGGAGGAUUUAUUAAAUACAGCAGCUAUUUCUCUUUGUAAAGAAACAAAUGGUAAUUUAAGGUACAUACAAACAAAAAUUUGACUAACAAUUUAUAAAAUUCUAAAUAAUGUAAAUGUUUGUAACCGUAUUUUUAAUUAUACAAUAGAUAUUUUGUUUCAGUGAAAAGGCUGAAAAUGAUUUUACACACUUUAAAGAUCUAGAUUUUAAAUUAAAGGAAGACUGGCAAAAAUUUGACAAAGAAAUCCUCCAUCUUUCCCAAACAGCGAGAAACCUUUUGUAUUUAGAUUAAAAAAGACUGUGAUAAUUAAACUUUAGAAACUUGGUGAGAAUAAUGAUUUCAGACAAUAUCAUUCAAAAUAGUCACUGUAAUUUGUAUAAUGUUUCUAUAAUUUCAGGUUCUCCGAAGAAACAAUGUUACAAAAACUGCAUUUUGGGACUAAAAAAUGGCACCUCUAAAUAAAAAAUUUCAAGUAA